GCCAUCCUUUCACGACCACGAGUAUGCACAAUCUUUUUCGCAAUGUCUAGCCUAGGUGGCACGACAUGCCAAAGCCCGCCUGCGGGCAGCAAGGUAUGUUCUGUUUUCUGGGUAACGCGUAAACCCGACCGAGAAGAACUCUCGCAGAUUAGGCUGCCUCUGACUUGUCGAGAAAUGAUAUAUGCACUUAUACCUAGGAAAAAGCCACCCACCUACAUCUACGAUUGUCAAUGUCGAAAACACAACAAUGGCAUCCGAGUAUCAGUCAAUCAUGACCGACAUCACGGAGGAAAAAGUGGAACGGGGGGAGGUUAAGAAGAGGCCUCUGAAGUUUCCGUGGGUUGGAAUCGCAUGGCGCUUCACGGGCUCUCUGUUCUGCUUUAUUUUCAUCAUCGUCAUGCUCUGGGGGUACGAACGCAUGGGCGUCCUCAGUUCCUGGGACCGUCGAGGUUUCAACACGCUGAACAUUCUCUUGUCGGCCUUUGUGAGUUUAGCGCUGGGUUCGUUGCUGACGCUCCUGGGCCACACGCUCCGUUGGCAUCUCCUGCAAAGAGAGGCAGCAACUCCAGGGAACGUUGAUCUCAUUCUGGGAAUUGGCGAACCGACCGGCUCUCUCAGGCUUCUUUGGGGCCACACUUGGCGUGGCAAGGGGUGGACCAAAACAACGAUUAUUGUGCUGCUCUACUUCAUUGCCUCGAUUCUUGCUCGAAUCAGCGUCGCCGGUCUGGGCUUGACAUUCGAGUUGAACGAGGAGGCCGGGGUCGAUUACCCGGUCAUGAUGACGGAUUGGAGAGAUCCGGGAUGGAUAACAGAACCCGAUCCCCGAGAGACCCUGCGCAGGUUUGUCGACUUUGCUUCGGCUGGGCUGGAAACAUCCCCUUUAUCCCUGAACAAGUCGGAUCCGGCAUCAUGGACUACUGAGAAUGUCGACGGGCUGGGUGUGAAUCGAACAGUGGACGGCCGCACGCUCACUUACACCUUCUCCCUCAAUGAGUAUCGCGGUCUGGAAGUUGAAUCCAAUAAAGACCAUGUCGUUCACAGCUCGUCGAGCAGCAUCGUCCGGAACUUUUAUAAUGGCACGGUUUACCAGGAUGGGAAGAGCGUGGGAGAAAUCACAGCUACAAACAUGGAACAAAUCCCACGUGAUGAUCCCGAGUACUUGCAGAUACUCUCCGGACUUCUUUUACAUUUUCGAACGUCGUUUGUCGAUUACAUCUGGACUGCUGGUAUCAACGAGGAGACAAUCGGUCAGAAUACGUCAGGGUGCAUGACGACUUACAUAUACAGGGAAGAUCACCUAAGCUGGAAGGCUUUCAACAAACGCAACGCCAGCUAUUUCGGAUGCACAUCCUGCCUCUCCACUUCUUCUACGCACUCUGAAUCGUCAUCCGAGCCUCGGGCUGGCUUGUCUCCGGCCGUCUUCUCGGAACUCAUCCCAUCGUCCAACUCGUCCUUUGCAACCUACAUACUUCUCGGCAUGGGAACAUACGAACGCAUCAACCAGUACAUGGACCCUGUCAACCUAUUCACUCGCAUUUAUUCAGCCAUGGACAAACAGACCCACCUUGUCAACUAUGCUGGUCAUGGCUUGCCCUCAAUAAAGAGGAUGUCUGACUGGUAUCUGAGACCGGUACCCAUCGCGGAAGAGGUCUAUGUCGCCCACUUGGCUGCAAGGUUACCCAUCUUGGGAUUCGUCGGUGCCCAGAGACAAUUACCAAAGAUCACGAAGGAGAAGGGGGCGUCCGAGAAGCCGUUUAUUCGGACGGUGCUGCAGGUAAAGUGGAGGAGAGCCAUGACCGUCAUGAUUGCUAUUAAUGCUUCGGCUGUGUUUGUCAUUUUGGCGGUUUAUUUGGCAUGCAGGAAGGUGAUGAUUCCCAAUAAGGGGCGAGAUAGCCCCCUGCUGACGGCGAGGUUCUUGAAUGAGUUUAUUGCUGGCAGUUGGGGGAAGACUACGGGUGUGGACACCAUGAGGGAGAUUGCGAAGAGGACGAAGAAUGUCAGGUUGAGGUAUGAGACUAGGGGGGGUGAGUUGGGGAUUUGGCCUGUUGGUGGUGAGGAAAGUCGUGUACUUCCUACCUCUGCUCCUUAGUCUACUUCAACUGGUGCAAUUAGCUUGAAGUCUGUUAGAAGGGCGAAGUUCCGCAGGGGGUAAUCAAGAUUUGAUCUGGACGAGAAAGAACGGAGUGGAUGACAAUGAAGAGUCUUGUCCCACAGGCUCGUUUUGGACAUGGCAAGAAUCAUGGAUAAUUAAUACGUAAUAAUAUUUUUUGGGGGG